AUGGAAGGCGCUGCUGUUGGCCCACCGAAAUUAUAUCUUGGACAUGGGGGAUCCGAUUCAGUUUUCCUUUUUCCCAACCCCAUCUACGAAACUCGACGUUCCAGUACAUUUGAGCCCAUCAAAUCCAAACUUUCGAGCCUUACUAAUCCGCUUGUCUUUACGACUCUGCAGUUUCUCACACUCUUCACCACUAACUCAAUCAUCAUGACAAAGCAUAGCAAGAACAACUCACCUCCGGUCUUGAGACACCCAUCCAUCCCGACCAUCAUGGACCCUGCCAACGAUUCAACCGAUGCACCCUUCACGAUUUGA